GCUUGCCUACCCAGGGUAUGUCCCUUGAUGACAAGAUGGAGCAAUGGCACAAGAGCAAAAAUCAAGACAUCAAUUCUUUUCUGGACACCUUGACAAAGGGCCAGAGAGAAUGCUUGUGGCAGAGAUUCUCUUCAGCCAGAUCUGCUUGCAAGGACCCUGAGCAGGACCAGGUUUGGAACCUGCACUGCAAAGGCAAAGGGUCUGAUGAGAACAAGAAGAAGAUGCUCAAGAAGAACAAGCUCUUCUUGGAUUGCAGUGGUGACUUGAAAAACUCUCAGGUCUACCAGAAGGAAAUGAUGUCACUCAGCAGGACCAGUGGCUCAAAAGAGCAAGAGGAGUGGGUCCCUUUGGCUGUUAUCUUGAGGCGACGUGGGCUUCAUGAGACCAUGAGAAGGGUGAAAAGGGGCAGCAUCAGGUGCAGAAGGGAUCCCAAAGACAAGGAGGAGUGGCAGUUCUGCAUGGAGACCAUGACCAGCUACAGCCAGACAGAGAUGCAUCACAAGCAUGAGAUGUCUCAGGGUGGCAAGAGUGAGGCAGCGCAGUGGAUUCAAAUGAAGGGCAUGGCACUCUUGGAAAGUGGCCAGAACACAGAGGGGGAAGAUGCUUUGGCAGCCCUACUCCCUGGCCAAGCUGUCAAGAAGAAUAAACAGAAUGCUCUUGCCCUCAUGGAUAAAGAUGACUCAGAGGAAGGGGCUGAAGGCAACAAGUCUUCUGGCUCUGGGGUGAAAAAGGAUGAACAUGAAGUUGAAGCAGAGCUGCUGAGUGAGGUUGGUGGCAAGAUGGGCAAGGAUGAGGCUUCCAAGAGGCUCAAAAAGAUGGCCUCACUGGUGAAGAAGGUGAAGAAAGACAUUGCCCCUGCCAAGGGCAAAGCUUUGGAAGGGACACUAUCCAAGCUGGAGAAGCUAGCCUCCAAGAAGAGCAUCAGUCUUGAGAGCUGCAAAAAUGAACUCUUUGAAGGCCCCUCUCUCCAGGGCAUUGCUCUUGCUGCCACAAAGAGUGGUGCCACCUCUCCGGAUAUGCAAGAGUUGGCGAGCCUGGGCAACUAUGGCAGGAAUGGAAGCCACAUUGCUAGCCAGCUCAUUGCAAAGUAUUGCCAAGCAGACAACAUUACAUUGCCAGAACCAUAUUUCCCUGAAGUUCCUGUUUCUGUCAAGACGCCUGAAGAUUGGGUGCUUGGGCUGAAGCCAAUGGCACUGUUCUUGCCCCAUGAAUGGCUGCCCUGGCUUCUUGAACAGGAGCUGGCCAGUGGGUUCAGCCACCUUGAACAGUUCUGGGCAGAACAUGAUAUGGGAGAUCCAAAAUUUGUGAACAAUCCAAGGGCCCUAAAUGCAGGCCAGCAAUUGCACAAUGGCUACAAGGGCAUCAUCUUUGCCAUAACAGGAGAUCUUGAGUUCUACCAAAAUGAGAUGAAGCUAGCAGGCGCUAGCCAUUCCUCCAUGUGCUUCAACUGUAGGGCCAAUACAUCAGAUUGUCCCCACAAUGACUAUAGGCUUGGAGCAGCCUGGAGAGGCGCAAAGAUUUCCCACAAUGGGUGCUGUCCAACUGAUCAUGUCAUACCAACAGUGCCAGGAGUGAAUGGGUAUUCUUUUCAUUAUGAUUGCCUGCAUAUCCUUGAAGAAGGCUUGACUGGGCACAUUAUUGCAAACAUCAUGUUUGACAUGAUUGUCAGAGCACACUUCCCUGGUGCUUCUCAAGAGCUUCGACUGAAGGCACUGUUCAAAAGGAUUUGCCAAGAAUAUACAGAACUUGGUGUGGACAGCAGCAACAGAAUCAGGAAGCUUGGCUUCAGUCACUUUUGCAAUGUCAAGGACAAACAUGGCUUCUUUCCUGACUUGAGUGGCUACAAGGCCAGACACAUCAGAUAUUUAGUUGAGCCAUUUGUUGAUAUUUGCACUGAGUUCAAUGAUGAGACACCUUACCAAAAGCAUCGCCUGGAUUGUAUCAAGCAACUGCUCCACAUGUAUGAAGCAAUUGAAGGAUUUGGUCUACAUCUUCCAGCAAAGGCCAGCAAAGCUUUCCAGAAGCGCACCAAUUUGUGCCUUCUCCAUUAUGCGAAGCUGGCAAAGAUUUCAAUGUCUGAAAACAGGCUACAAUGGAAUACCAUCCCAAAAAUGCAUUAUGCAGCACAUAUGCCUGAUCAAUGUGCCUUUUUGAACUGCAAGUUUGUGGCAACAUACACAGGAGAAACAAUGGUUGGAUUUAUGUCUUCCAUAGCCCAUCACUGUCUGAAUGGAACCAGUCCACACAUGGUCCAGCAAAGGUGGCUUGGCGCUGGAGGCUGGCCAUGCACCUAA